CUAUCACACCCAGAUACCUCAUUCUAGACGCUUUAAAACGUGCAACAUGCCAUCACUAUCCUCGAAAAGCAAGCCCGCGGCAACAUCAGGAGCUCCUCCUAAAAACGCCUCUCUCAACUCGUCUGGACGCAAGAUCAUCCGGUAUCGCGGGCAUCAAUACUUGCGACAACGUCUGAUCCUAUGUCUGUUAUCGGGAAAGAGCGUCAGGAUAGAUGGAAUCAGAGAGGAUGAGGUGGAAGUCGGUUUAAAAGACUACGAGGUCUCCCUCCUUCGUCUCCUCGAAAAGAUCACCAACGGCACGACGAUCGAAAUCUCCUACACCGGAACAACAGUCCUCGUCCACCCCGGUCUCCUCCCCGGCGGUUCCUACACCCACACCUGUCCCCUCACCCGCCCCAUCGGCUACUUUCUAGAAACCCUCCUCGUGCUCGGCCCAUUCGGGAAACGUCCCCUAGAAGUCCGACUAGAGGGGAUAACGGGGGAAGAAGGCAGGGAUAUGAGCGUAGACAUGUUGAGGACGGUCGGGUUGCCGACGUUACACCUUUUUGGGGUCAUCGAGGGGCUGGAGUUGCAGAUCAAACGACGCGGGGCGGCCCCGUUGGGAGGUGGGAUGGUCGUUUUCAAGUGUCCCGUGGUGAAGAAUGUCAAGACGCUAGAUUUCGUGGAUCCCGGUAGGAUCAAGCGGAUACGAGGUAUCGCGUACUCGACCCGAGUCUCACCGCAAUUCGCCAACAGGAUGGUCGAGGCCGCUAGAUCAGUAUUGAACCGAUAUAUCCCGGACAUUUACCUAUACACCGACGUCUACAAGGGAGAGGAGAGCGGCAAAUCACCCGGUUACGGUCUAACGCUCUUAUCCCAAUCGACCACCUCGGCCCUCCACACGGCAGAGACCAUCUCCAUCCCCGCCACCUCCCGCGCAAACCCUUCCGACCACUCCACCCCCUCCUCCGAACAAGCCUUUCAGACCCCUGAAGACCUGGCUCUCAACGCGGCGAGGGCCUUGCUGGAGCAAGUCAGCCGGGGUGGAUGCGUGGACGAGUCUUACCAGUGGCUGGUCUGCAUGUUGAUGGUCCUCGGGAGCGAGGAUGUGGCGAGGUGUAGGAUGGGGACGUUGACGCCAUUGACCGUUCAAUGGUUACGCGACAUCAACGACUUUUUCGGAGUCAGGUUCAAGAUCACGCCGAUCGCUCAGCAUCACGCUGGCAAUAUCAAGCAGACGGGUCCCAACGAAAACAAGGGCGAGAACAAGGAUGGCAGCGAGAGCGACAAUGACGAGGAUGAUGAGGAAAACGAGCGGACCAUCGGCGGGAUCAAGGUCAAGGGGGUCGUUGACAGCCAGAACGACAAGGUGAAACGGCUGGUACCGGACGAGGUCAUGGUCAGCUGCGUCGGGAUUGGGUACGGCAACAUCAACAGGAGCACGGCAUAAGAACGUGGCUUCUGGGAGGGCUUGUAUCGUAUCGUAUUCUAUUCCUUCUUUUGGCAUAUAUGGUGGGGCGCAGGUUGUAUCGACAUUCAUGUUUAUAGUUCCGGGGAUAACGGCUUGCAUCGGCCGAUCUCGAAGCAUCGACCGAUGACAUCCAGGCGGUUUUGAGGGAUGAGCUCGGAUCCUCGAGAUGUUCGGAUUCGUUCGG